UAGCCACGGCCAGAGGGGGACACCAACCUGCACAGGACCACGAGCCAGGUCGAGAGAAGAGAAAGGGUCCCAUGAUCUCUGCCGGCGAUGCCGAGUUCCCCCGGGAUUACCACACCCUGGCUGCCACUGGUGGCCGCGGGGCCCGACGGUUCCCCGACAACAGCAACGGGGGCUUCACGUCGUCCUCGCUGGACCGCCGGCACAACUCUGUGGCCGCCAAGAGCCUGGAGGCCCUGAACAGCAUCCACAAGGCUGACAUAGAGCGUCAGCGAGACGCCAUCAUGGACCUCCAGAAAAACAAGUUCUCCAACAGCCCCAGCAGCAUGUCACAGGGCUCCCCCGCUGCGGGCCGACAGCAACAACCAAACUACUGGAGCUUCAAGACUCGCACGCCACGUGUGACACGACUCAGCCCGACACAGCCAGCUCUCGCUGACCAGGCCAGCAGGGUAUCCUUCGCGUCAGCCGAAAAUCUGGAGAACAUGUCAGACCCUGAUAUUCCCAUCGGCUUCAACAGGAUGAACCGGCUCCGCCAGAGCCUGCCGCUGGCCCGCUCGUCCAGCCAGGCCAAGCUGCGGGCGCCAGGGAUCUUGUUCCUCCAGCUUGGGGAGGAGACUCGCAGGGUUCACCUGACCCACGAGCUGACCAGCCUGGACACUCUGAGGGCCCUCAUCGUGCACAUGUUCCCCCAAAGGCUCACCAUGGCCAUGCUCAGGUCUCCCAGCACAGCUCUGUUGAUUAAAGAUGAGACCCGUAAUGUCUUCUAUGAGCUGGAGGACCCACGGGACGUUCAGGACCGCUGCGUAAUUAAGAUUUACUGCAAAGAGCCCAUCUACAGCACCUACCCUGGACAUCACAACCCACACCUGGCAAACGGAGACCUGCGGAGGGAGAUGGUGUAUGCACCCCAGGACUCUCCACCCAACCGCCGCCUGAGCAAUCCACCGAUGUCUUCCCAGCAUUCAUCUUCCUCUGCUUCCCCUCCCCAAGGCUCACCCUCCCGUGCUCGUCUACUUUACAGUGGCGGAAGGCCUUCUUCCUAUGCCGGGCCACACCACCACACCCACUCCCUGCCUCACCCUCACUCCCAGUCCCACCACUCCUCUCCCCACCAGCAGCCCCAGCUCCACCAGCCCCACCAGCCCCACCACCCCCAGCCGGCCUUCUGCGCCUCCUCCAGUGCCAUACUUGAGCGCAGGGACGUGAAGCCCGACGAUGAAAUGGGGGGAUCCCGAAGCAUGGUGCUGCUGAGGGGGGAUGAUCGUGGUGGGGGCGGGAUUUACGCAGACCCCUACACUCUGGGUCCAGAUCCAAGUCGGCUUAGCCUCGCAGGGGGUCCUCACUCUCCUUUGCCAGCAAGAGCCGACCCAUACGGCUCCUUAUACCGCCGUGGUGGAGGUGGGGGUGGUGGAGGUGCUGCAUCAGUGCGUUCACUCACCUCCUAUUCAGCAGCUGCACUACAAGGAGAACUGAUGGAAAACAGCGCUCUCUACAGGGCCGGAGGACCUCUUUAUAACGAUGCCUAUGCUGCGUCUCUGUUGGCCAUGGGGUUGCGGGUGCCUCCACCCUCCUCCCCGCAGAAGAUACCUGACAUGAGAGAUUCCUAUGGAGCAACCAUGCCCAAUCGGGGUUCUCCAGGGAGACAGAAUUUGCGAAGAGACUCUGUGACCUCUUCGGUGUUUGGGGAAAGUCCCAAAGCCCGGGGUCAGGGACCAGGACUGGGUCUCACCUCAGAGCAGCUGUGCCUGUUGGCUGGUGCCGGAGGGGAUGGAGGUGGACCUGGAAGCUUCGGCUCACCUCUGCUGGGGAAUGAGACAGAAACCAGGGAGCGUAUGGAGGCGAUGGAGAAGCAGAUAGCCAGCCUGACCGGGCUGCUGCAGAGAGUACUGAGCAAAGCGCCUGAGGCAGAAAGCCCGGAGAAGAUUGAGUCAGCCAGUGACUGCUCAGGAACUGACACUGGACGAACUAUAAAAAAGAAAGCUUUGACACCAUCUGCUCCUCUGGCCCUGAUGCCUCCUCCACCCUCGGGGCCCAACCAGCCUGUGACGGUGUCCCGCCUGCAGAUGCAGCUCCACCUACAAAGCCUGCAGCAGAACACCAACGCCCUGCGCAAACAGCUGUCACAGCUACGCAACAUGCAGCUGGAGAACCAGGACUCGGUGCUCGCCCUGCUGAGACAGACGGAGUCUGAACUGAGCCUCAUGAUGCUGGAUGCCAUGCGCACCCAGGAGGACCCGCUUCAGAGACAGCGCCUCCUAGUGGAGGAGGAGAGGCUCAAAUACCUAAACCAGGAGGAGCUGCUCAUCCAACAGCUGCACGACCUGGAGAAGUCUGUGGAGGAGCUCCAGAGGAACUCGUCCGUGAAUCACGGGCUCGUGACGGAGCAGGACGUGGAGCAGAAGAGCAAAGAGCUGAGGAUGCUGGGAGAGACACUCACUGAGCUAAAAAACCAGUUCCCGAGCCUUCAGAGUAAGAUGCGCGUGGUGCUGAGGGUGGAGGUGGAGGCUGUGAAGUUCCUGAAAGAGGAGCCUCAUCGUCUGGAUGCCCUGCUGAAGCGCUGCAACACCAUGACAGAUGCUCUCAGCACGCUGCGCAGACAAGUCACUGAGGGGGUGUGGAAGAGCCCCGAGGACCUCUCCAGCCAACCGCAGAAACGAGCCGAUGACCUGAGUCGUACCUCUGAUCUCGACAUCCUGAACAGUCCUCCUCUCAGCCUCACCGAUCUCAGCACCAGCGCCGGCCUGGCCAACUGGAUGCCCGUGUCUGCCGGCGACGCGGACACCUCGGGCCCCGAGCAGGACAUCCAGCCUACGAUGACCUUUAGAAAUCGAGUUCUUGAUGAGCUGCCAAGCCGGCGUCCUCCUGAUAAGUCUGUGUCCGCCGAAGUGCGACUGGCGGCCGAGCGGGACUGGGAGGAGAAGCGUGCCAGCUUGACCCAGUUUAGCGCCCAGGACAUCAAUCGCUUGCUGGAAGAGACUCAGGCAGAGCUGAUGAAAGCCAUCCCCGACCUUGACUUCGCUGCCAGGCACAUAAACAAGCCGGCAGUGCCCCCAAAGCCCCAGAUCACCAUCCCAAUAACGUCCGCCGCAGCUACCUCUGCAGCUGGGACCACUGGGACCACAGCCACGACCUCCACCACUACAAACACCACACCCAGCGGGGACCAGCAGCCUGGAAAGGUGCAGCUGGCUGCCCAGAAGCUGAACAGCAUGGAGGGGGCUGGUUCGCAUCGAGGCUCAGUGGACCUCAACGUGGCCAAGUAUCGAACAGAAAAGCCCUCCAAGUCUCCUCCUCCGCCUCCACCUCGCCGAAGCUUCCCCUCCGCUCACGGCCUCACCACAAACCGUACUGGAGAAGUCAUCGUCACGUCCAAGAACCUGAAGAUGGAAGAAGAUGGUGACCUGCCAAAAACCCUUGUGAAACUGAGGCGGACCCCCUCCGAUGCCCCCCGACCUGCCUCGACCCCUCCCGUGAUCGCAGCCUCGGCCGUACAAGAUGAAGACGACGAAGAGAAGAUUAUUGCCGAGCUGGAGAUAUUUCAGAGAAUGCCUGUAAAAGAUUGUAAUAAAGGGUACAGCAGCCCAGCAAAGGCCACCCCCACCCCUCCCUGCAUCAUGGGCAGAAAGUACAGCAGUAACUCUCCCGGCCCGACGAAGGGACCCUCUGUCGCCGCCCGGCUCAAACACCUCCAGCAAGGCAGCCUGGAGAGGCCCAAAACCCGCAGGCAAAAAGAGGAGAUCCCCAAAGUCCAGGGUCAGCAGCAGUGCUGAGCUUUUGUCACCGCUACAGCAGAAACGCCGCUCAUUGAUCUGGGCGAUCAUCAUCACCACAUCACCAUCAGUUUCGCUGACGUUUUCCCCUCGCUGCUUUUUCGCACAUCAUUUUGGUCCGUGAGCCAGUCUCCUUUCUUCCUCCUCUCUCUCCUUGCUUUGCCUUUUUUCAUUCUCUGUCUGCUUCUCAGGUCUCUCAGGCCUCAGCUGGACUAAUAACGUGAGGAGUGAGUACUCGGAUCGUUCUGGUUUUGGACUCCUAAAUCCUAGCUCAGACCUUGAAGGUGUGACAUUUUGUCAUUGGCGUAAUUUGUCUGACUCUCUCGGCUGCUGUAGAGGUCGUUUUCACAUUAAGGAGCCAAAUUAAAAGGGUAAAAUUUAUUCUGCACAUUUGGAGGUUUUUCCAUCGGCUCCAGACCUGCUUUGUGAAGCAGUGCGAGGAUUUCACCUCUAACAUGUAUGUCGCAAAUCCAUCUUUUACCAUAACUAACAGCUAAACACAAUACCUGUGUCCCAGCUUCGCACCGGCUCAGCUACU